GCAAAAAUAGAUAAAUAAAUAAACAACCAUGAACUGAAUUCGUCAUGGAAACAUAUAACCCAAUAUUUGCAAGGUCUGAUCAACUUAAUCGACCAUGGCACUAUGGGAGUACAAUAGACUGCAUAUUAAAGAUGGAGGUAGCCACUGAUUUUUGAUUCCACAUUUUAGACUAUAGACAUUCACUCCCCAAAAAUGAAUCACAGACAUCUGGAACUGUUUCAUGGUCGAGCAGAGAGAGGGGCAGGCAUGCAGUGAGUGUUAAAAACUAUGAAAAGUGUCACUGCAAACACACUCUGUGCUUUUCAGACUUUACAGUUAUCCCAUCCUAUCGCUCCGUUCUCUACUCUGUGUCCUCUGUCCUCUUUUUUUCUGUCCUCUGGUUGGUCCACUAAGAGGCAAAAAAGUUGGUUAUCUACCCUAUCCACGUCUUUUGACACCAACCCCGAUUGGUGCCAGAACACAAUAAUCAGAUGAUUUCUGAUGAGUGGUAUUUGGCAACAAUUAGGGAGGAAGAACUCCUUUUAAGAGGAAAAUACCUCUGCUUACACUUGUUUUUUGUCGUGUUGUUUUUUUGUUUGUUUUUUAAUUUCCCAGAUGGCCUUAUAUUUUCGUCUAUGCGAUAAGUUUGUGUCGACAUGUUAUGCUGGUGCUUUCUGGUGCCUGCAGUUUCAGGGGGAGUGAUCCCUCUUUCUGUGUUAUUCAACAUCCCCACACCUCCUGGCUCACUGACGUCACAAACUCUGGGUUAAAGGGGCCUGCAGCAGAGACAGGAACCCCGGAAAAAUACUUGGUCGUCCCAACAUGGCUAACCUACAGUUCUCUCUGAGAAAGAAGUGAAAGCGGAUUUUUUUGUAAAAACGGUUUUUUACAAUGUAACUAAACCAGUAGUGAUGAAAAGGAAGACGUGCCCUUCUGCUUAUGAAGUUAUCACAGGACAGAACAAACAGGGUGUUAAAUAUGCAGCCUUUUAGUAUAAAUUAAUGGUGCCCCCCGAAAUAAAUACACAAAUAAAUAAAUAAAUAAAUUGGUGAAUUUCAACAAAAUGGUUUUUUUAAACAAAAAAUGAGCAUGAUGUUUUUAAAAUGGUUAUAUGCUAGAUGUACUUUAAUUAGUCCAGUAAAUUAACAACACAUUAAUAAGUUAUCUGAAGGAAUUAAGUCCUGCUACCAGUGAUAUUCGAAAGCUUUAUUAGUUUAUUAUUAUUUUUAUUACUCUUGUUGUGUCGUGUUAAUAUUGUCUUUUCAACUCUUGUGUGUGGGUGUGUGGUGGUGGGUAGAUUAUCACAAUUAUCUCAAUUUAAUAAUUUAAUCCCAACAUUAAACUGUAUAUAAUCCCCCCCCACACACACACACACACACACACACACAUUUCAACUCUGUGUGGGAGUCUUGACCGCUGUUUUUCCAGUCUCAACAGUGUCUCCUCUCCUUUCCCUGCUCUCACUAACACCUCCUCAGACACCGUGGCGCACUCAGAGACGGAAGAAGGGGAAUAAUAAUAAUUCCGGUGACACCAAAUCAUUAUACUGUCGUCAGUGCAAUAAUUGCUUACAAUUGAAUUUUAGAAAUAAAACAAGACAAUUUUUCUCUCUUUUUUGGGGGCAUUCACGUGGACUUGUUUUCAUAACUCAACGGAGUUCAUCUUUAAAUUCGGCAUAUCUUACACACACAAACGAUUAUGCGUUCUAAUAUAAUGUAAACUUUAUUUGCUCUUUCACUCAUGUAUACCAUGUUUCUGCAUCACGAUAAGCCACUGAUGGCGGUAGUUAAACAUAUUAAUCUGUCUGUAACAGACACCGAAACUUUCUUAAGAUCAUAACACACCUUAACUGUGUAAACCGUACUUAUAUAUGAAGCAUGUGUUUACCGAUACUAUGAUUAUUAUUAAUGACCAGAUUCUUUUAACGGAGUUUGGUGGCAGCGUCUGCCGGGUACCGGAAGUGGCUCCGGCUAACUGUGAGCUAGCUUUACCCGGGAUCCUUUGAAUUUGCAAGCGUCAGUGUACGCAAAAGGGUUGGGCACGGAGUACAGUGAAAAGGAGGCAUUUCGGAGUAGAACAUGGAGUACAGCGGUCCAUUGGGCCACUCUCUGUCACCAGAGUCCACGGUGACCUCCCUACUAUCCAGUUCAGGUUACCUGAGGAGCAGCCUGCUGCCUCCUCAACACGACACCAGCUUCAGAUACAAAGACAGAGAGUAUGACUCGGCUUCGGCGGCUCUGGACGCUUACAUCAAAGACUUUGAGAGGAGUCGUCAGAACCGCGACUCGUCGUUGACUGGAAAGCUGGUUCUGCCACAGAACCUACCCUCCACUCCGUGCAGGCACAGAGUGGGCACGCUCAGAAACAAAGAUGUUCUUAGGGAGCGUUUGACCGAGAGAGAGCUAGACUUCCUGAACCUCCCCGUGAGCCCCCUCCAUCACCGCGUUAACUGGGACAGACACUCCAUGACAACAGAUGAACUGCUGUCCGUCCCUUUCGACGGCUCGAUGCCCAUCACCCACACCACCGCCUUCAUCCAAGACCUCCUGUCCUGGCCUGCAGCCUCCCAGACCUGCCCCUCAUCUACCUGUAGACUCCUCCACCAUCACUCUCUUCCACCGACGACGUCCAGGAGCUCCAGGUGCAGAGACAGGCCGAGGGCCGCCACUUUUAAACCAGGUGCUCACAUCAGCAGUUUUAAGAGAUCAGAGCAGGCCCCGGUAUCCUCGUCGCUCCACCUCCCUCACUGGUUCACCAGUAACAAGGCUGACUUGGACUGUUCGGGAAUCACCAGUGUGCCCGACCUGAAGUACCCAGCAUGGCUCCAGGGGUGUGACCUCAGCGAGCCGCCUGCACAGUCAGAUCUGUGGGACGACCACGACGUUCUCCCACCUGGAUCUCCCAGAACCAGAGCUCCAUCCUGGGUAGCAGACCUGGAGAAAGAUGAAGAUCCUGACCAGACACCUGCAGAGGUUGGCAGCCAGCAGGCGCUCAGAGACCUGAGGCUUCAGUUUGCUGAACAGAUUUCUUUGCUCACUACAGAGAGGAAGAGCUCAGACGUUGUGAUGAACAUGUACCAAGACAACAGGAUCGAGUCUCUGAUCCAGAAGGCGGACCAGGUGUUAAACUCUCUGUCUCGGAGUUCUGGACAAGCAGAGAGUCCUGCAGAUCCAGUGAGUCCUGUGAAAACUGAGGAGCUGCUGCACCAUUCUCCCUCACACUGUCCUCUAGACUCAGCAACAGGAGGCUGCACAGAGGAGCUGACUGACAGGGGAGCAGAGGAUUUGAGUCAUGAAAACAGCAUCUGGAAGCAGCCUGGUCCGGUGGAGGCUCUGAAACAGAUGCUGUUCAGACUGCAGGCUGUGGAGGCGGAGCUUCAGCGACAACAGCAGCCACCAGCAGCUCUGACUCUCUCAGAGUGGCUGCUGACAUCAGCAACACAGUGGUCUGUUGGUAACGCAGAGCUGCAGGAGCUGCAAGAGCUUCAGAGUUUUCCUGGUAGACCAUCACUAGAGAGAGCUCUGCAUCAUCUGAACCGCCUGAAGAUGCUGGUGGAAGAACCCAGACAGAAACACAGAGCGACAGAGGAAGAGAAGGACGACGACGAGGGGCGCUACUCGUCCUCAUCUGUCGACAGACUGGUCUGUUCUCAGCAGGAACCCUCCAGAAACUGAACAUUCAAAGGAAGCUCGCUGUGCCAAAAGCCUCAAUAGUAUCUGCACUGUGUUUGUGUAUUUUUUUUAUAAGAAAGUGCAAUUUUUUAAACACUAAUACAACUCAGUUUAAACUAUACCCUAAACCUUUAGAGUCAGGAAGUUUCCUGGACUGUUCUCUUUCUCAGACUCUGAGGAAGAGUCAGAACACAGCGAUAAUUUAAAAGAAGAGAAGAAAACGUGAAGGACAGACUCCGAGACGAGAAAAACAUGCCACAUCUUUUAUAUUUUGAAUGUGUCUCAGGGGUUUGUGAAUGCAACAGUAUGGAUGGAUGGGCUUGAUGCUUGUUGGUGCACAGACCGUUUUGUAUUGAUGGGUUUCAUUCUGUUUGUAGACAGACUGUUGGUGCCAUAAAGAUUUACACACACUCAUUCCUGUUGAAAAUGAAGAGGUUACCGGGCAGUGUUCAGCCAGAGGGAAGAAAGAUCAUCAGUGCUGUUGUCAGUGAUAGCUUUUCAGUUCCUUGCAGGUAAAACUACAAUAAAUUGCUUUUGCUGUAGAAAAGAUGUACACGUGGAAGCACAACGUGUACUACUGUGACAAUCCAGUCCGAUUUUCUUAAGACUCAAGACUCGUGGAUUGAAAAUUGAAGUAUUGAGCCAUGGGUUGGGGGGACCAGGGUGUUCAGAUGUCUAUCUUUAUCUGGGACUGCACAGCAUUUUUUAUCAGGGAACGUUAAAAGUCACCAAAAUUAACAACCUUUGCUGAUUUUGUCGAAUAUCAUAGAAACUAACAAAAAAAGAAGCAGAAAGAUUUGAAGAAAUGUUUUUUGUCUCUUUUGCUUGAGUUGUUGUUUUUUUGUUGGGUUUUUUUUGCAGAGGGAGGAAAAAGUUUGUGACACGGUAAAUGUGUGUCGUAACUGAAUAAAAAUUACAAUUGUCAGAUAUGGCUUUUUUUUAAAAAAGGAUGCCAAUUUGUAGCUCCACCCAAAUGGAAACCCAAAAACUGUUAGCAGACAGAAGAAGAGCUGGGAAAAAAGCAUAAAUGAAGACUGUCACAUGAGACCAUGAGACUUACUCUCUCUAUAUAUAUAUACAUGCUAAAUGAUACUCUGAUAACAUUCAAUUGAUUGUAUUUGUAAGUCAGAUAAAGACCAUUUCACUCAGAGUUGUUCUUCAUACAUCUUCAGGUUCAGGUUACCAUAAGUAGAUUUGUUCUGCAGCUGUGAGUCAUCCGUCCUCACAUGCA